AUGCCAAGCUUUCUGUUUCAGGAGUUGGAAGAUUUUUUCCCAAGGGAGAUGACUCACGUCAUCCCCCAAACCCACUUUGCCACCAAAACCAUGGGAACAUAUGGCUAUGCUGCCCCGGAAUAUGUGGCAACUGGGCGCCUCGCGGCAAAGGGCGAUGUCUAUGGUUUUGGUGUGGUUCUUUUGGAAAAUCUGACCGGAUUGCGAGUCAAAGACCAAAGUCGGCCUUCCGGUCAGCAUGACCUUGUUGAAUGGGCUCGUCCAUCUCUAACAAAGAAACGAGAGUUGCGCCGAUUGAUAGAUCCAUGGCUUGAAGGUCGAUACUCACUAAAAGGAGCCCGCUUUGCUUCGCAGUUGGUCGCUCGCUGCGUUAGCCACGAUCCAAUACUUUGUCCCCAGAUGAGUGAAGUUGUUGAAGUUUUGAAGGGUCUCCAAGAUUUCCAGAUAAGGCAAACUUCAUCUGAAAUUGUUAGAACGAGACAGGGAAGCUCUAGCGGUGGAAUGGCUUCUCAAUUCAAACCGCGGUGAGUUCAGUUGAAGAAAUGCAAGUUUUUCAACUCUGGAAGCCAAUUGUAAAGCGCAGCUAUGUGUCUACAAAUAGCCGUCCUUCCAACUCCAUUUGUUUCCUUUUCUCCUCAUCCUGUUUUUGUUCCAGGAAUUUC